AUGAAUUAUUGUAAUAUUAAAACAACUAGAAGAAAUAGCUUUAGUCUUAACUACCAAUCGUUAUAGUAAAUCAAACAUCAAAGAAGACAGAGUUGUUGUUGCAAGGAAUGCGGAAUUUAGAGUAUGUUUUAAAAAUUACAUUCUGAUAUUUCAUGUCCAAUAUAAGAACAUUUAAGAAUAUAAAGAGAUAGUACACAUUCAAGUGCCAAUUCAAAUUCAGAUGUUUCAUUAGAAUUAAUUUAAACUGUUAAGAAGUUUCCCUUUCUCAGAGGAUAACUCAAAUUGAUUAGUCUACCUCCAAAUUAUGAUUAAUAAAUAGUGUAGAUUAAGAAAAAGAAAAGAAGACAUAGUUGCCAUUGUAAUGAAUGUGGUAAUCUAAGUAAGUUUUAAACAAAAACUCAGAAUCUUUAUGUCGAAAGGUAUCAACAAAUGAAGAAAUAAUUUCGAAUAAAAUAAAUUAGAAGACACAAUAAAAAUAAAACAUAGACUUUAAUUGAAACUGACAAUCCUGUUAUUCUACAUAUAAAUUCACCAAUGAUGAAAUAUUCAAAAUAUUCAAGAACUGCUAAAUUGAUUUUAGAAUAAAAUCAAAUGAAGAAUUUUCCAAGAAUUUGUACAGAAAAGAAUAUUUGUAGUCCAAAAACUAAAUUAUUUUUGCCAUCUUUACAUAUACCAAAGACUUUUCGUACUUAACUCUUUUGA